AUGAAAGAUUGGCUCAACAUUCCUCUUAUACAGAUCUUCACCCUGGCAGCCUUCAGCUUGACAGAGAAGCUCCCUAAAGCACCAAUCAUCACUACUCCUCUUGAGACAGUGGAUGCACUGGUUGAAGAGGCAGCCACCUUUGUGUGUGUCGUAAAGUCUUUUCCUCAGGCAGAGAUUACCUGGACACGCAAUAACAUUCCUAUCAGGUUUUUUGAUACUAGAUAUGCCAUACGAGAAAAUGGGCAACUCCUAACUAUUUUGAGUGUGGAAGACAGUGAUGAUGGGAUAUAUUGUUGCACCGCAAACAACGGUGUAGGAAUAGAAGCAGAAAGCUGUGGGGCAUUACAAGUGAAAAUGAAACCGAAAAUAACCCGUCCACCUUCAAAUCUGAAAAUCAUUGAAGGAUUAAAGGCUGUUUUCCCAUGCACUACAAUGGGAAAUCCCAAGCCUUCAGUUUCCUGGAUCAAAGGAGAAAAUGUGAUAAAGGAAAAUUCUCGGAUUGCUAUUCUUGAAUCUGGCAGUUUAAGGAUUCAUAAUGUGCAGAAGGAAGAUGGUGGACAUUACCGCUGUGUGGCAAAGAAUAGUCUCGGGACAGCCUACUCUAAACCUGUAAUUCUGGAAGUGGAAGUUUUUGCUCGAAUUCUGAAGGCUCCUGAAUCCUAUAAUGUCAGCUUUGGCUCUGUGGUAACUCUGCAGUGUGUAGCAACAGGCAUUCCAACUCCCACUAUAACAUGGCUUGAAAAUGGAAAAGCUGUGUCAGCAGGAUCCAUAGUAGAAACAGUAGAAGACAAAAUGAUUGAUUCACGGCUGCAGGUUUAUGUCACUCGUCCAGGUUUAUUCACCUGUAUAGCCACCAACAAGCACAGUGAGACUUACGGCACUGCAAAAGCUGCAGCAACUAUUAAUGUUUCAGAAUGGAGCAAAUUCUACAAAGGUGAUGCAGGCUACUGCAGUUCAUAUCGGGGAGACGUGUGCAGUGCUUUGUUGGCAAAGGAUGCAUUUGUUUUCUUUAAUACUUCCUAUGGAGACCCGGAGGAGACCCAGGAACUGCUUGUUCGCACAGCCUGGGCUGAGCUGAAAACCAUGAGUCCGUUCUGCCGUCCAGCUGCUGAGUCACUGCUCUGUCACUACAUCUUCCAGGAAUGCAACCCCUCCAGGAUUGGACCUGCUCCAAAACCUGUUUGCAGAGAGCAUUGCCUUGCUGUAAAGGAUCUCUACUGCUUUAAGGAAUGGCUUGCGAUGGAAGAAAAUGCCCGCAGAGGUAUUUAUAAGCCGGCACUGAUGUUGCUUACUUUGCCAGAGUGUAAUAGACUUCCCAGCAUGCACCAAGAUCCCACCGUCUGCACCAGGAUCCCACAUUUUGAGCUGAAAAAAGAAGGCACAACAAAAACUUGUUACAAAGGGAAUGGGGCAACAUAUGAAGGUUCGGUGAAUGUCACAGCCUCUGGCAUUCCAUGUCAGAAGUGGAGUGCACAGGUUCCUCAUGCACAUAGAAAAACACCUGAGAUUUUUCCAGAGCUCUUUGAUGCAAUCAAUUAUUGUCGUAAUCCAGGGGGUGAAAAUGCACGGCCCUGGUGUUAUACAAAAGAUCCUUCUAUACAGUGGGAAUAUUGCCACAUACCUCAGUGUGAAGAUGAUUCCUUGGCAUUGGGAACAACAAAGUUGAGUACAGUAUCUCCACAUUUCCCUUUCUUCUCCUCUCUCUCUCCCACCUACUCCAUGACUGUCAUCAUCUCCAUCAUCUCCAGCUUUGCAAUGGUCAUCAUUCUCAUUAUUACAGUCCUUGCUUGUUGUCGGAGACGCAAGCAUUGGAAAAACAAAACAAGGGAGUUGGUACCACCAGCUCUGACCACUCUUCCUUCGGAGCUCUUGUUGGACAGGCUGCACCCCAAUCCUAUGUAUCAACGCAUGCCUCUACUUUUGAAUCCCAAAUUAUUCAGUUUGGAAUAUCCACGAAAUAAUAUUGAAUAUGUAAGAGAUAUCGGAGAAGGUGCUUUUGGGCGGGUCUUUCAAGCAAGGGCUCCUGGACUGCUUCCCUAUGAACCCUUCACAAUGGUUGCAGUGAAGAUGCUCAAAGAAGAAGCCUCAGCAGACAUGCAGGCCGAUUUUCAGAGAGAGGCAGCUCUCAUGGCUGAAUUUGACAAUCCAAACAUUGUCAAACUUUUAGGGGUGUGUGCUGUCGGAAAGCCAAUGUGCCUGCUUUUCGAAUACAUGGCGUUUGGAGACCUGAACGAAUACCUGCGAAACCGAUCGCCACGCAGCCUCUGUAAUCCAACUGGCAACAACCUUGAGCCAAAGAUCAGACCCUCCAGCCAUAACGUGCCCACUCUUUCUUGCACUGAACAACUCUGCAUUGCCAAACAAGUCGCAGCUGGAAUGGCCUAUCUUUCAGAACGCAAGUUUGUGCACCGGGACCUGGCCACGAGAAACUGUUUGGUAGGAGAAAACAUGGUGGUUAAAAUUGCUGACUUUGGUCUCUCCAGAAAUAUGUACUCGGCGGACUAUUACAAAGCCAAUGAGAACGACGCCAUCCCCAUACGUUGGAUGCCCCCUGAAUCUAUCUUCUACAACCGUUAUACGACAGAGUCUGAUGUCUGGGCCUAUGGAGUGGUCCUGUGGGAAAUUUUUGCCUUUGGCAUGCAACCCUAUUAUGGGAUGGCUCACGAGGAAGUCAUUUAUUACGUAAGAGAUGGAAAUAUCCUGUCGUGCCCAGAUAACUGCCCUUUGGAGCUGUACAACCUGAUGCGCCUUUGUUGGAGCAAGUUGCCUUCGGAUCGGCCGAGCUUCGCAGGCAUCCACCGCAUUCUGGAGAGGAUGUAUGAGAGGGCGAUGGCUGCCGAGCAGGUGUGAACUGUUCUCUCAAGCAAGGGACUCCUGAGCUGAACCCUUCAGGUGUAUUGGAUAACAAAUCUCAGAAUUCCCAGACAGAUUGACUACUGUAGUCCAAUACAUGGUGGUGAUGGUGGUGGUGGGAAUUGAGUUGGCAAAGACAGGUUUUGAAGGCAGCGGUUCCUUACUUCUUUCCUGAAUGUUUAAAUUUGGAAAAAGAAAGAGCUUGCAUCUACCGCAUCGUCUGUCUUUGUCAUUGUGAUUUAGGCAGUGUUCCCCAUAGGGAAGGGAAGGGAAGGAGGGUCCGAAAGAGACAUUGCUACAAUUUUUUUUAAAAAAAGUAACUCAUUAUCUAAAUAAUAUUUUUAGUUUUAAAACUUUUUUUAAAAAAACUUUUUGCCAUGCCCCAGAAUCCAAGGUGGUUAGAAAAUACAUUCUACAUCAAAAUGGAUACUAAAAACAAAAUAACAGCUAACUCAGUAGCAGAACCUCGAGUACAAAAUAUGUUGAAAGAACAGACAAGAAGCCUCAGGUGUUUCAAGCUUCAGAUUAUUUCUGAAAAACCAACUCCAAGAGAUUUCCAGAACAAGAACAUCACUUUUGAUUUUACACAUCUUUCUCUCCAUAUAUAGCUGUUUUACCUGAAUCUGAACAUUGUCUGAUCUAGCUUUGUAUCAUAGUCUGACUGUAUGGGCCUUUGGACAGUGGUCUUUCCUGUUUUCUCUUAAAUUGUUUAAUAGGUGACAUGAAGGACUGUAUUUGAGAUUACUACUGUACCAUGGAAACUGUAGGCUCCAAACUGAUUUCUUCCCAGAUGCAGGGAAGGCUGUUCUAAUGGAGUCAGAUGAAUACCACAGCUAUAGCUGGGAGGCUGGAAUGAAAAUGGAAGAUAUUUGUGCAUGUCAGGUAGAACCUAUGCUUCUGAAAAAAAAAGAAACUUGUUUGGAGGGGGAAAAACAAUUGUGCAGUGAAAGUUUGCACAAAAGUUCUUCUUUUCAAUUCAUAAUUUAGUGACUGGAGGAUAUGGACUGUUGAAUUUUCUCCACUUUGUCAAAUUCAGGGUACAUUCUAAUAUCUGUUACCAAUCGCGUUUUCAUAACUUCUCACCCAUAUUCUGCACCCCAAGCCAUCUUCUUAAGAAACAUUUUGUUUAAAGCUAGAUUCAGCAGGAGACUUUGCUAUUAUACAUUAAGAGGUUUUAGAACCAACUGGUUGCAUUUUCUCUUUUCUGAGAUAUCUCAUGAAGCUGCCCAUUACCAGCUCAUUUCCCUCAUUGAAUCCCAUAUAUGCCUCACAUUCUUCUAGGACGGAAAACAAACACCUAGAUUAUAUGGCCAUAAUCCCAAAUCUCUUGAUGGAUGGUGCUAAAAGCAAACAUCAUUGCCCUAUUGGAGGCUUUAUUAAGAAUGGAUUCAUACAAGUGGUGAAAGGUAAAUAAAUGUUUUCAUAGCUUUUUCCUUAAUAAAGCCUUCAUUGGUAUCCUGUGGGUUGGCCUCAUCCUGCUGAAUUUGGGUGAUGAUGUAAUGGUGGAGUUGGAGAGAAAAUGUGGCUCUUUCUAGCCUAGCAUUCCAACCUUUGUGGUAUUAUUAGUGGGAAAUAGAGAGUGAAAGUCUAUGAUGCUUAUUAGCCUCUAGUUGCAAAGCAAAAGAGCAUAGGUUCCUCUAAAUGUGUAGAACACCAGUUUUCAGGAAACUGGUCCAGUAUAUCUGCAGAGCAUCAGGUUAGGAAAGGUUCCUGAAAUCCUUUCUUGCAAAUAAUUAAGAGGGAAUAAACAAAGACAAAUCUUGUUUUAUAUAUAUUUCAGUGGUGAAUGCUAUUAUAUGCAUAGAUUAGGAGCUAUUAUUUUGAUUAAAUAGUAGAGCCAUGGUGGCACAGUGGUUAGAAUGCACUAUUGCAGUGUUUCCCAAACUUGACAAUUUUAAGGCAUGUGGACUUCAACUCCCAGAAUUC